AUGGCCGAGCAGCGAUGCUGGGACCACGCGGGGCUGACGGAUGCUGCUGCAGCGACCCGCCGGGAUGAGCAGCCGCAUCUUUCGCAUCAGCGCGCCAUGAAUUCGGCGGAGGGAGCAGGUGCGGAGGGCCUGACUCUGGAGGACAUACUGAGGCUGUACAGCCAGCCCAUCAACGAGGAGCAGGCAUGGGCGGUGUGUUACCAGUGCUGCAGGACGCUGGCGAAGGGGCACCGGAGCAGAGGGAGCUCCUCCGCGGCCGCCGGAGCAUCACCAGCGGCGGCUCCGAGGAGAAUAUCCGGAGCAGCGGAUGUUUGGAUACAGAGAGAUGGGUCUGUGAUGGUGGAGCACCAGGGAUGUGAAGAUAAAUUCAGCCCUUGCACAACAACAGAGGUGAUUGAGUCUUUGGGCAUCAUGAUCUACAAGGCUCUGGACUACGGACUAAAGGAGAAUGAGGAGAGGGAGCUCAGUCCACCUCUGGAGCAGCUCAUCGACCUCAUGACCAACAUUGGCGAGGCCACAAAGGACUCCUGCCCUGACGAAGGUUAUGAGGCCACAGAGGAGGAGGACGAGGCAGAGGAUAAUCCUGAUAGUGUCUACACUGUUCAUGGUUACAGAGAUAUCCUCAAGCUGUGUACAACUCACCUACCCAACCUAUCAGAUGCCCCCAAUCACUACCAAGCAGUGUGUCGGGCUCUGUAUACAGAAACCAGGGAGCUGCACACUUUUCUGGAGAAGAUCAGGAGUGCCAAAGAGAACCUCCGUAAAAUGGAGGCAGAGUCAUCAGAGGAAUCCAGCCGUGACCUGAACGAACUGCAGAACACUGACUGGGCUCGGUUCUGGGUCCAGGUGAUGAGGACCCUACGUGAAGGAGUCAAGCUAAAGAAGGUGCAAGAGCGCCAGUACAACCCUUUGCCUAUCGAGUACCAGCUCACUCCCUAUGAGAUGCUCAUGGAUGACAUCAGGUUCCAACGUUUCAAGCUACGCAAAGUCAUGGUGAAUGGAGACAUCCCACCUAGGUUAAAGAAGAGUGCUCAUGAAGUCAUCCUGGAGUUUAUCAGGUCCAGACCACCUCUCAACCCUGCGUCAGCUCGCAAACUGAAGCCACAGACUCAGCAUCCUCCAACCCUGCAUGAGCGGAUCCUGGAGGAAAUCAAAGCAGAGAGGAAACUGCGACCUGUGUCACCUGAUCAGGUCCGCAGAGGAAGGCUGGGUUUUGGCAAAACUCGCAGUAUGCCACAGGAUUUGUUCCGUGCAGGAACAGAUGAGUUUAGUCCGUACAUGGGCAGAAGGACGUCUAGCUCUCUGUCUCUGAGCAACGGAACAGCUUCCCCCAGACCAGAGCCCUCCGGAUGUCACUCUGCACCUCAGAGGAAAAGGCUCCUGAAGGCUCCCAGCCUCUCCGAGCUUACCAGCUCAGACUCUGAUGACGAGAUUUUUGGGCACAUAUCAGCCAGCAGCUCCAGUAUGGCCACAUCUGUGAUGGAUGAUACAUCGCCGGAGUCGGUGCUGGGGAAGAAAACUCCCCCCAUGUUCCUUCCCAUCUCCUCCACACCUCAGCCAGAGAGGCGUCAGACCCCCCAGAGGAGACACUCCAUCGAGAAGGAAACCCCGACCAACGUGCGACAGUUUCUGCCACCUUCCAGACAGAGUUCCAGGUCUCUGGAGGAGUUCUGUUUCCCUGUGGAGUGUCUGUCUCUAACGGUGGAGGAGGUGAUGCACAUCAGACAGGUGCUGGUCAAGGCGGAGCUGGAGAAGUUCCAGCAGUACAAAGAAAUCUACACCGCUAUGAAGAAAGGAAAGCUCUGCUUCUGUUGUCGAACCAAAAGGUUUUCCCUUUUCACCUGGUCUUACAUCUGCCAGUUUUGCAAAAAGCCUGUCUGCUCACAGUGUUGUAAAAAGAUGCGGCUACCAUCCAAACCUUAUUCCAGUUUGCCCAUCUACUCCAUUGGCUCGACCAAAACACUCCCGAGGCAGAGGAUAACUGCCAUGGCUGCUGUGGGACAAGGGCUCACUGUGGACGAAAGGCCGGGGACGUCAGUGGAGGAAGCAGUUGCGCCGUCCCCUGUUGUGAAAAGGGCAACAAUAGGAUCACCUAAAGGAGCUGCAAAACCUGCUGGAGCAGCAGCUGCUGCAAAAUCGGAGAGAUCCUCCAGUAGCCCCCAGCGCCACAGCAUCCAGAAGACCAUGUCCAAGUUUUCAAAGCACGGCUCUUUAAAGUCUCACGAAGAACUUGAACUUCCAUCGGAGCUGACAGAGGACUGGGCCACCAUGGAGGUCUGUGUGGACUGCAAAAAGUUUAUCUCUGACAUAAUUGCCUCCAGCAAGCACAGCCUGUCUCUUGCCACCAAGAGGGCUCGCUUAAAACGCAAGACCCAAUCCUUCUACUUGUCCUCUCCUCGAGGAGGGGAGGAAUACAGGCCCUCUGAACGAACAAUCAACGAGAUCUGAAACUCUUCAUUCGUCUCCCUGGCUGCCCUCAGCUCAGAUUGCACAAUUAGAACACUCCCUGGAUAUGAUGAUUAUUGUACAUGUGUAAUUCAGUAAGAUUAAGCUCUUACAGUGGCUGGCGUGAACCUUAGUCUUGGACAGUGUGGUCUUGUUGCUGUGUCCUGAUCAUCGUGUACAGCUCCUCCAGACAAUAACUUACUGUAGAUUUAUAUUUCUUUAUCAUAGAUGAUCCUUUAAACUCUGACCACAGACUUUUAACUUAAAAGGCAAGAACAAUGCAGAUUGAACUCGCUCCUGUCUGCUCGCACAAAAGCAUGGUCCACCCCAACUCACAUUUCCAAUCAACAAGCACAAGACAGAAGAAGGACCGGUGUGUGACGUCCUCAGGCACUUGCACUGCAGGAGACAUAGACAUCAUGUUGUGAACUGAUGGUGACACAACAGACGCUGUGGAAUAUCAAACUGUUAGUUUUAUAUUGGUUUUAAAUUAGUUUUUUUCACACAUGUAUAUAUACAGUAAAUGAUUGUUCGAUAAAGGACACCCUUUGUUUUGGAUUUAUAGCUAUAUAUUUUUGAAGCUUUUUUGUUUCCUAAGUUUUACAAAGCAUCACUGUUCUUUUUUAGGAAAAAAAACAUCACGUGUUUUAUUUUGCUUCACAUCUAGAAAGAUCCUCUCUCAUUCAUGCAGAAUUAGUGCCAAAUAUAACUUCUUUCUCCUAAAUCUUACACCUGCUGUGUGUUUGCAGUGAACUUGCAAGAAACUGGGCCGACCCCUGGUUAUUAAAAAUGUGGUUCCAUUCCAAAUCAGAUGCAUUUCUCUAUGUUAAAUAUUCAAGCUACAGAAGCUAUGCUCAAGCAAAGGUUUCUUGAAAAUUCACAUUCAUUCAUUCACACAUUCAUUUCUAUACAUGCCAUUCUUAAAAUCCUGUCAGGAGUCCAUUGGGGUUCAGUAUCUUGCCCAACGACAUUUCGGAAUGCAGACGGAUGCAGCCUUGGAUCAAACCACUGCCCAUCUGGUUAGUGGACGGCCCUCUCUACCUCCUUAGUUGCUAGGGUUGGGGAUGGGGGUGGUGUAACAUGAACAAGUGGGGCACUUGUAUGAGACACAUUAUGAAAAAUAUUGUAAAAACUGAUGCAGUUUGUGUCUGAUUUGUGUCUCUCAGAUGUGCAUAGAACCACAAAAAAGACUUUGUAUAUUUUAGUGCCUUUAGAGGUCAAGCUUUAAAAGUGCUUAAUAUCCCAAAAUGCAACUCAACAACAAUAUUUUAUAUUACCCAGCAGUAGUGACUAACUUCAUGUGGAAAAUUGUUGCAGUGCCCCCUAUAUGAGAAAACAACCCUACAACUAUCAUCUGAUUCGUGUUGUUAAAGCCUGACUGAUCAAAGUACAUGACAUCACCUUUUUCCAACUGAGCCCCGCCCGGUUCAAGCCAGUGAUAUGAAGCACAAGACAAAGAUACAAUACUGUCGGAUCCCAUCACAAAGAGAAGGCUGCUGAUACAGAAAGAAGUUUUUCUGUCUUUUAAUGUUGCCUAACCAGACAUACAUAACAGAAAUGUGAAGUAUGUUCAUUUGGAAUCAUUAUUUUGUGUAUUUGUGUCUCUCAGAUGUGCAUAGAACCACAAAAAAGAAACAUUAUCUGCAGUACCAUGUAUACAUUUUCAAACUUGCCUUUUAAUCAUUUAUAUGAAACAUCUGCAUAUUUUUGCAUUUAAUCUUAAAUAUACUUUUACAUUGAUAAAUGUAUAAUGUUAACUCCAUUACUAGACUCCUGACAUGCGUUAUUAUGUAAAAAAAAAACCUAAUUUGUAUGUGUUUGUACUGAUAUACAUUUAAUGAAACCCAUCUGUCAGUAAAAACACAUGUUUAAUACAUACAAUAAGUGGUAAUAUAAUUAAUUUAUGAUUUCCCUCCAUAAUCUAGAGUCUCAUAUAUGCAGGAUUAAUUACCUGAGUUGUGGCCUGGAUCCAUUUUACCUGUCAUCACAUUCCUCCUGUGAUAUUUCUGCCUUAAAAUUAGCCUUUUUUUAUGGUCACACUCACAUGUUGAACAGUCAUCUACUGUUACUGUACAUACUUUGUUUAUGAUGGUUUUUUGGUAGGUCAGGUCUGUGUUGAUCCGGUGAUAUCUCAACAGUGUGUUCAGUUCGUGUGAUUGGGAGGUGUUAGAGGUCCUAG